UCCAUAUAAUACACACGACAUAAUAUAAAAACUGGCAUACCUAACAGAACACAUAGAAGUUCAUUGCUCAUAGAAUCUAAACAGGAAUACAAAUUUAAAAUUCAAGUAGUAUUUAAGACGUUCUUGUUUAAACCACAGUCCAAAAGAAAAUAUAUUACAAUGCAAAUUUUAAAUUUUUUCUUUGUCUUCUUAAUAUGUUCGAGUGCAAUUUGUGUUAAUAGUUCGCAAAUUUUUACAAAAUUAUUUGGUCAAAUUUUGGUACCACAACAGCAACGUUAUUAUAAUGCUCAUUCCUAUCAGUAUCCAGUGUCGUCGCCAACUUAUCAACAAUAUCCACAAAAUGCGAAUGGUUAUUAUUAUCAGCCACCACCACCCAGAAGACAUCAUACUAGACAACGUCAGAGUCCAGUAAGACAAGAGAAAUCCUAUAAGGAUAUCUGUCAUAUGGUUCAUAAUGAUGGCUUUACAAAUCCGGGAAAUGUACCCAGAUGUCCAUAUUAAUGAUUAUAGAUAGAUAGAUAGAUUAUAGAUAUAGAUAGAUUAUAUUUUUAUAAAACAUGGAAUUAAAUGUAUUAAAUAAUUUAAUUAAAUGUAUUUACAUAUAUAGUUUAUAGAAUAUUAUUAUAAUAAAAACUAAUUUAAUGCACGUCUGAGUGCUUAUCUUAAAGUUAAUUAUUACCAAGACGAAUAUUUAUUAAAAAUUAGAUUUUAUUAAUUUUGAAUGUUUAAAUAAUAUAGAAAUAAUGGAUCGACCAGAAUAAAGUAGAGCAAAAUUUUUUA